AUGGCAACUCAACACUCUCUACUUUUACUUACUUUUCUUCUUCAAUUCUCAUCACUGCAAUUUCCCUCACUCGGAUUAUACAAUCUCCAAAAGACAUACUUCAUCAACUGUGGAUCAGAUACCGACGUUGAACAAAAUAACAAUAAUUAUAUUGGUGAAUCAGAUCCUAAUUACCCUGAAAAAUUAUUCGGCAUAAGCUCCACAAUGACUUCUCAAUCAUCUGUACCUUCAACUCUGUACCAAACAGCAAGAAUUUUCAAUUCUGAAUCUUCCUACGAAUUCACUACCAUCCCAAACAACACUUACAUGGUACGUUUACAUUUCCUUUCAUUCUCUUCACCAACUAACCUUUCCUCUGCUAAAUUCAGCGUUUCUGUUCCCGGUUUCCAUCUGUUACAAAAUUUCGACGCCAAAAACACCACAAAUUCUCCUUUAAUAAAAGAGUAUUUUGUCAAAAUCAUCCGAAAAAGAUUCAAAAUAAUUUUCACACCUCAAAACUCAUCAUUCGCGUUUGUUAAUGCAAUAGAACUCUUUACGCUCCCUAUUCAUUUUAUCCCCGAUUUAGUUGCACGUUUCAGUUACUUGAGUUCUACCGGUCGAGGCCUAUCUACUUAUACUGGUGAUUUACUCUCUCGAGCGCUGGAAACUAAACACCGUCUUAACGUUGGUGGCGAAACUGUCACUAGAUUAACCGAUGACUUAUCCAGAAAUUGGUUACCUGAUGACAAUUAUAUAACUACUCCACAGAAUGCUAAGAAUAUUUCAUUUAGCGGUAAUAUUAAACGCACUGCGAAUGAUGAAUCUGAUGGUCCAAAUUCAAAUCAAUAUAUUGCUCCAGAUACUGUUUAUCAAUUUGCCAAAGAGACUAAAAAUGGUUCUAACGGUUUAAGCAUAAGUUGGAGUUUUCCUGUGGACAAGAAUAUUGAUCAUUUCAUUAGGCUUCACUUUUGUGACUUUUCAAAUCUACAGCCUGGUCUUACCACUUUCUUUCUCUACUUUUAUGACACAUAUGUUCAAAAUGUAAAUGAUGAUGGCACAGGUAUAUCACUUCAGUUGAAUGAUCCUUAUUAUUAUGAUUUUGUGGUUCGCUCCGAUGCCUCUGGCAUAUUCAAGGUUACUCUAACACCUAAUGUGACUUUUAGUCUACCGAGCGCAUUCUUAAACGGCCUAGAACUAAUGAAACUGAUUGAACCAUCGGGUUUAGUUCCUUUUGAUGAUUUGGAUUCGAAUUCGAAGGUUAAUCUUCCUGUGGUGGUGGGUUCGGCCGUGGGAGGUUUAGUUCUGGUUUUUGUUGUGGUGGUUAUGUUACUUUGGAUUAGAAAAAUCAGGAAACAAAGGCCCGUGGAGAAUUCCAGUUGGUUGCCCGUUCGAGCGGCUGCGGGAUGGAGUAAUCAUAGCAGAUUAACUGAUGGAACAACAACUCAAGGCUCACCUCUGCGUAAUAUAAAUCUUGGAUUGAAAAUCUCCUUGCAUGAUCUUCAACUUGCAACGGAGAAUUUCAAAGCAGAGAGGAUAAUUGGAAAGGGUGGUUUUGGAAAUGUUUAUAAGGGAGUUCUCGAGAAUGGAAAGAGUGUGGCAGUGAAAAGAAGUGAACCAGGAUCAGGUCAAGGACUUCCUGAAUUUCAAGCUGAGAUAAUGGUUUUGUCCAAAAUUCGUCACAGACACCUUGUUUCCUUAAUAGGGUAUUGUGAUGAAAGGUUUGAGAUGAUACUUGUUUACGAGUACAUGGAAAAAGGGACACUUAGAGACAAUUUGUACGGUACAAAUUUGCCUAGUAUUUUGAGUUGGAAGCAAAGGCUUGAGAUUUGUAUUGGUGCUGCUAGAGGUCUUCAUUAUCUUCACAAAGGAGCUACUGGUGGAAUCAUUCACCGUGAUGUGAAAUCCACAAACAUAUUGCUUGAUGAGAAUCUUGUUGCUAAAGUUGCUGAUUUUGGUCUUUCAAGAACUGGUCCUCUUGAUCAGCAUUCUUAUGUCAGCACAGGUGUUAAAGGAACUUUUGGUUAUCUCGACCCAGAGUACUUUAGAUCACAACAACUUACAGAAAAAUCUGAUGUUUAUUCAUUCGGCGUGGUUCUACUUGAAGUGUUGUGCGCAAGACCAGCCCUUGAUCCCACGCUUCCAAGGGAACAGGUGAACUUGGCUGAGUGGGGAGUUUUUUGCAAAGACAAAGGGAUAUUGGAAGAUAUAAUUGAUCCUACCAUUAAGGGACAGAUUGAUCAAAACUCACUAAGAAAAUUUAGUGAGGCAUUUGAAAAAUGCUUACAAGAUGAUGGCAGUGAUAGGCCUUCAAUGGGCGAUGUAUUGUGGGACUUGGAAUAUGCUUUGCAGCUUCAGAGAGGUACAAUACAGAGAGAACCUCAUGAGGAUAGUUCCAGCAGUGCUUCUGUAUCAAUUCAGCUGCCAAAUGUUCGCCGUUUUCCUUCGCUGUCUACACUGAGUGAAAUUGAUGACAUGUCUAUUGGGAGGAUUACUGAUGAAUCAGUUAAUGCAGAGGAUUCUGUUUUCUCUCAGUUGAAUAUUGGUGAUGCUAGAUAG